GGUAUCUGCAACGCCCCCACGACCUUUUAGCGAGCCAUGAAUAUGGUUUUUCAUAAUUUCGUGCGGAAGACUCGUUUGGCGCGGAGCAUCAUCAACUACUGCGUGAUUGUGUACAUGGAUGACAUUCUGGUGUACUCGAGUUCCUACGAGGGACACGUGCAGCAAAUCGAAUGGGCUCUGCAUCCGUUACGAGAUACGGGCUUCAAGGUGGCGUUUGAGAAGUACCAGGGACUCAUAACGGAACCGCAGAAGGUGGCAGUUGUCAGGGAUGCGCAGGUGCCCACGACUAUCACGCAAGUUCGCGCCUUUUUGGGCCUGGCCUCGUACUACCGAAGAUUUAUCAAGAGCCUCGCGGCGAUCGCGGGACCCCUCACGAAUCUGUUGCAAAAGGAUCAGCCGUUGAUUUGGACGCCGGAGUGUGAUCAGGCGUUUUCGAAACUCAAGGCCGCUCUCGUUUCGGCUCCGGUCCUUAUAAGGCCGGAUCCCGAAAAGCCUUUCAUCCUCAUUACUGACUGGCAGCCGGAGGCAAUUUCGGCGAUCCUAGCCCAGGCGGGACCAAGUGGGUUCGAGAGCGUGGUGGAGUAUGCGUCCAAAUCGGUGCCCGCCUGCAAGCGCAACUACGCCGCUCCAAUGGGGGAAUGCUACGCGGCACUCUGGGGAAUCAGCCACUUCCGUGCUUACUUGUACGGGCGGAAGUUCACCUUGGUGACCGAUCAUGAGCCUCUGCUGGCUCUGAAGAAAUCGAAGGAUUACUCGGGCACGAUCGGGCGAUGGGCAACGGUGCUGCAGAGCAUGGACUUUGACAUUCGUCAUCGGAAGCAUGAGAGACACGGGAAUGCGGACGGACUGACACGACUACAUUGGCCUGAGAAAGUUCCGAAGAGUGAAGAGGUGAUUCCGUGGAACGAACCCGAACAGGAGGUUGGGCCUCGGUACGGCCAAGUGACGUGGACGCAGAUCAGCGAGCAUCUUGCAUGGAUCGAAAAUUUGAAGUAUCUGGUCAUACAAGCUUGGAAGACUAACGUGGAGGGCGAUCUCCUCGGUUUUCUCUUCGGAUCGGUGCGGCUGGGGCAUCGCCAGCUAAUCACUCAAGAACUCAUCGCGCCGAUCGUGCAACUAGCGGAUGAUCUCUCUCUCGACAUCGUCUCGCAAAGCGACGACAGCCCCGCUCCGCACGUGCUCACGCGAACGUUGGAUCCGUAUCUUCAGUGGAGUGCAUGCUUGGAAGAGCCUGGGGACGAAGACUCUCUACCGUCGCGGAAGGAGUAUCAAGAGUCAUACGGCAUCAUCGAUCGCGCUUUCUAUCCGAAGGCGGAGGAAGUGGUGAUCGACGACAACGAAGAAAGCAACGACGAGGAAACAUCGGAGGAGGGAAGCUAUAGCGAGUACAGCGAGGGGAAGCGGAGCGAGGAGAAGGAGCUAAACGACGACGACGACGAAGAAGAAGAAGAAGAAGGAACCGGAUCGGGGUGGGAAGCCUUGCCGGAGGAAGCGACGCGCACUGGCACGGAGGCGGAAGAUCUUGAGGCAGCACGCAAGCGGGAAGAAAUUGCCACCGGAAAGUGCCAGCUGGAGUUCGCCAGCGGAGCAAGCGUGCGCAUCGGUGACGAUCCGACCAGGGAUCCGGAGUCAGCGAAGCCUGAAGAUGGCGAACCAGCAGCCGCCACCACCAGCACCCUACCGUGGAGACGGAGUCGAUCCUUCACCCCCUCCAGCCCCACCCGUCCCCUAGUUCGUCCACGUACCGAUGCGGGGGAUAGACCUUCAUCCCCGGACAUUAUCCCGUCAUCCCCUUGAUUACCUCACCCUCGAACAGAUCCACACCCCCGUCACCUUCCCCCACCACCCCUUCCAUCCCCAUCUCUUCCGCGAUUUCUACUCUACGU